ACCAGGCUGAGUAAACCGGGGAGUACACGUUCAAGCCGAUUAAACCACCUACUACACGUGUGCUAUGGCUACAGAAUGGAUCCGCCGGGCCUCGCUGGUGCUCGCGAGAAGACCCUCCACCUUUGAACUCUUUGCCAAUAACCAGAAACUUGAUGUCCGUGCCCAUCAAAGAACCUACGAGGGUGCUUAUAUCCGUUCCUCCAUUGGUGCCUUAUCAUUUUGUAAGUACACUCAUUCCCCCGUUGUGUGCGUAUACUAAUGUUCCUUAGCGAUCUUGAUUUUAAAACUCUUCAGUGUCGAGUUUCUUCCCGUCGGGACGGUUUACACUGUUUACGGAUCCUUACUCUUUGUAAUUGGGGUUUACCGAUCUAGCCAGGUGGAGAUGUAUUAUUCCAAC